AUGGCAGCGGCCCGGGCUCUCUUCAAGGGCGAAACGCAAGUUGCAAUUCAAAUCCUCAAGACGGCCAGCGUUACCCAUCCGGAGCUGCUGUUCGUCUCGCUGGCGUUGCAACUCAUUGGGAGGAACGACAGCCACCUCAGCAAGGAGCAGCUCGAUUUCGACGAGGCCGUCGCUUCGAAGACGGAUCCUUAUCUCCGGGCAAUUUCCUCGCUGAUCGCCACGGGGGACUGGGUCGCCAUCGCCAACCAAAAAUCGUUGCCCUUGUCGGAUCGGGCUUAUGUCGCGGUGCGGAAUUUCGACGAUGAGCAGCUCACCAGGUGGCUCAACGAGCAGGUUGCCAUGGCAGUGGAGACAGGGGACAUUGAGGGGAUUGUUCUCACAGGGAUCACGGACAGGCUGGUCGACAUCUUUGCCAAGUAUGUCGAGAAGUUCAACGACUUCCAGACGGCGACGCUGGUAACAUCGAUAUGCGCGCCGCGCUACAUUGACGACUACCGGUGCCUGGCGUGGAGGAACGCCUACAGGUCAUACCUGCAAAGGCACAAGGCAUUUCUGCAGAGGACCAAGUUCGAGGUGGAGAGCACGAAAAAGAGCAAGCGUGGAGGGCGGCCGACGAUCAAGCCGCCGUCUCGACAAAUCGCGCUGCGGUGCGUCUACUGCGACGCGGAGACGACGCUCGCCGGGCAAGGCGGAGCCGGAACAGGGUCACAGGCGGGGGCGCCCGACUCGAGGAACCCGCUGAUGGCGACCAGCACCAACGCGGGCAUCAGUUGCCCAAACUGCGGGCGUCACCUGCCGAGGUGCGUGGUGUGCCUCGAGGUGGUGGGAGUCCCGAGGACCGACCGGCCCGAGCUCAACGGCGAGCCGGAGGUGUGGGUGGCGGCCAACUUUCCAACCUUUUGUCUCAAGUGCGAGCAUGUCCUGCAUCUCGACCAUGCGAGGCAGUGGUUUACGAGGCACGUCGAGUGCCCGGUGCCCGAAUGCCGGUGUCGAUGCAAUUUCAGGGCCAACCCGGAGCUGAACUAUCACUAA